AUGUCUCCUCAACAGAAAGCUCUUUUUCUUACGCAAAAGCAGGGCAAAUUUGAGCUUGGCUCCCGCAGCAUCCCCAGCCCCGGGGCUGGGCAGCUUCUGGUCAAGAUUCAAUCUGCUGCUCUAAACCCGGUUGACCACAAGAUCCAGGACACGUCGAUGUACGUGACCAAUUACCCUGCCAUCCUUGGCACAGAUAUUGCUGGCAUUGUCGAGGAACUAGGAGAAGGUGUCGAGAAUUUCCGCAAAGGCGAUAGAGUGUUGGCGCACGGCGGAUUCACUAAUGACCUUGGUGGAUUUCAGCAGUAUGCCUUGACCGUUGCGAGCUAUACAGCAAAGAUUCCUUCAAGCCAAUCUUUCGAUAGCGCGGCUACUGUUCCUGUGGGGUUUGAUACUGCACUGGUGGGCUUGUAUGGAAAUGAAUUUGGAGCUGGAAAACCCAUUGUCAUCUUUGGCGGUUCUUCUUCUGUAGGUUCAUACGUCAUCCAAUUGGCUCGUCUGUCAGGAUUUUAUCCUAUUAUCGCUACAGCCUCUCCGAGCAACGAGGAUCUUGUCAAGGACUAUGGCGCAACGCAUUUCUUUGAUCGCAACCUUUCCGGCAAACAACUGAUGGCGGCCAUCAGCAAAAUUACUGACCGCCCUAUCGAAGUUGUUUAUGACGCUAUCUCGGCGCCAGAAACACAGGUUGUUGCAUGGGAGUUGCUUGCAAACAAUGGCACCCUCAUAGUGACCGUUCCUGCAUCAGUCAAGGAAGACGAAGGCAAGGGGCGCAAGGCCAUCCAUACCUUCGGGUACCCACACGUCCCCCAGAAUCAAGAGCUGUGGUGCAGCUCCUGGGCUAUGCUCGAGAAGUGGCUCUCAGAGGGUACUAUUCAGCCGAACAAGUAUGAAGUCCUCCCGAAUGGGCUUGAAGGUAUUGUUGGAGGACUGGAAAGGUUGAAAUUGGGACAGGUGUCUGGAAGGAAGUUGGUUGCUCACCCUCAGGAAACACAGUAA